UUUAGAAUAUCUAAAAUAUGCUAAAACAAAUCGGGAAAAUUUUAUAGCGAGCAUAUUAAUUGUUUAUUGUAGUAUAUGAAACAUAGUUUGUGUCUACAAAUUCAGUUUUAAGUAUGCACAAUAUUUUUGUUCAAAAGCAAGAUGAGUGGGAACGCUUAACGCUGGGUGAUGGUUUAGAAGGGAAAUUUAAGUGUAACACAGAAGUCUGUCAACAUGGCUGCCCCCUCGAGGAGUGCUUUAAGAGUUUUUCCCAGAUGUCAGAGUCUGUUCUUCACAUGCAGAGCUCCUUCUGUCUCGUGCAGCUCUCUGGUUGCAUACAGGCAGCAGCAGCCUGUCAGAUCCUAUGCUGCUGCCAGCACCAAGCAGAAAGAGAAGAAAGACGAGACCGUUCAAGAGAAGGUGGUGAAAGAGAGAAAAAAGGUUGAUGACACAAACAGACAUAAACCCUUUGGACUCACAGCCUGGGCUCCAGUAGAUGAUGUGUACAUGGUGAGGUACUAUCCCAAACCUGUGUACGAGACAUCCGUGGCCAUUGAAAUGCUGAAGAACUUCCAGAAGCUGGAUUUCAGUCCUGAGAACCAGCCUGUGUACAUUAACCUACGUCUAGACAUGAAGCUGGAGAAAAAGAAAAAAGUGGAUCCGUUUGUUAGCACAAUUCAUUUACCACAUUCCUUCAAGUCGGAUAUCAACAAAAUAGUGGUUUUCACUGAGAAUCCCGAUCAAGCCAGGAUAGCGAUUGAGAAUGGAGCAGCAGUUGCAGGUGGAGCAGAACUGGUUGAGAAGAUUUUAGCUGAUGAGAUCACAGCAGAUUUUUACUUGGCUGAGCCAGACAUUAUUCAAAAGCUGCUCCCAUUGAAGAACAAGCUGAGGAAGAAGUUUCCCAAGAGCAAGAGAGGAUCAGUUGGAAUGAAUAUUCCCAAAAUGCUUGCAUUAUUCAAGAGUGGCCAUGAAUACAUGGUUGAGGACAUCUAUGUUAACACACAAGUUGCAACACUGGACAUGCCAAAGGAGUAUAUUCUGGAAAACAUUCAUGCCAUUGUAAAAGAUGUGGCAAGCCAUAAGCCAGCAGAAUUUGGUCCUCUUAUUGAGCGAGCAAUUGUCUGCAGCAGGUCAAGUGAGGGUUUGCACAUUAAAAUCGAAGAAUUCUUACCACAGGAAGAGAAAAAGGCAUGACAUUGUUGCUUUGUAUAUAUGUGCAUUGUACAAGACAUAUAAACUGUAAUUAAAAUGGUUAAUGUUA